GCGGUGGGAAGCAACCGAGUCCACAAUUAUUCGCCGGUGUAUUCUCGUGCUCGCUUUUCAAACAUUAAGCGAUCGAGAGAUGGCGGAGGCGGGGCGGAAGCAAGGCCGCACCAAUUUCUCCGUCGCCUGUAGUCUCCUAAGCCAGUACAUCAAGGAGAAGGGCAGCGUUGCCGACUUAGGGCUCGGGAUCGCCGACGACGCCGCUAAAGGCAACUCCUCCCAGUCGUUUCGGCCGCCGCCGACCACUAUUUGCUUGUUGCCAGGAGCGGACAUCUCCAGCGGAGAGGACUGCGAUAGGGAAAACGGAAGGGAAGUAGUUUCCCACGAUAACCCCAUGAAGUUCUUUCCCCAACGUGCCGCCGGCUUCGUCCCCUCUACGUCGGAGGAUCCAAGGGGGGCAGAAAAAUCCCAACUUACAAUUUUCUACGGAGGAAAGGUGCUGGUGUUUAACAGUUUCCCAGCCGAGAAGGCCAAGGAUCUGAUUCGGAUGGCAAGCGAGGGGAAUUCCACUGCUCAAAACUUUAGCUAUGCUCCAACUGUGGCAAGCUCAACAUCCCUCUCUCGUCAAAAUUCAACCUUAGUCAAUCUCUCAGAUCUUCCUAUUGCUAGAAAAGGUUCGCUGCAGCGAUUCCUGGAGAAGAGAAAGGAUCGGAUCGAUGCAAGAGCACCAUACCAAGUGCCCCCUCCUCCUCAAAUGGUCACUUCUUCUAAGAACCAAGAGAACAGGAAAUCGUGGUUUGGGUUGGGUCCUAACUUCUCCCCUCCUGGUCUCAGUCUGAGCUCUGAGUAAUGGCAGAUGGGAUUGCUUGAGUUGAAUCCAUUUUCACACGCUCCUCAUCUUGAAGCAUAUCGUCCCAAAUACUUAGAUUGCUAUUUUUUGUUUGUUUUUGAGGAAGUUGUCUUCCUUUUCUAACAAGCUGCAUCAAUGCCAUCACUGGCGAUUUAGAUUGCAGUGUGUGUGUUUUUGCUUUUGAAGUUGCAGCUCAUGCUGCAUAUUGGAAAUGUAGUAAAGAAACAUGAAAUAUAUGUGAUCAGUUUCUGUUUGAAAA